AACGUAGAGAGCGCUUCGUCGGCCGGCGAAUGACGACGACUACGACGACGACGACGACGACCAAGAGACCAACUACGCGACGAGUAACAACGAACGUUUUAACUCCAACAGUUUUAAGGAGAAAUUAAGAAAAAAAAAACAAUAUCUAAUAAUAAUAAUAAUAAUUCUCGUUGUUUGUGGCCCAGUUAUAUAAUUUGACAUAUUGAAAAUAAUUUGGUUUGGUGUUAAGUGAGAUGAAAAAUAAAAAGUAAUUAUUUCAAAUAGUUCAUUUUGUUAUGAGAGGAAGUAUUAACGAUCAACGAAAGGAUAGAAGACUUACUGUGAGAAAUAUUCGCGCGUGAAAGUUGAAAAGAGAGAAAAAUAAAGAAAGAGAGAAAAAGAAGAAGAAGAAGGAGAGAAGAGAAAAUUAAACGUUAGGAAGAAAAGGAAAAAAAAAAGAGUUAAAAGAGGAAAAGAAUGGCCGGCGACGAAGGAGCGCCGAAGACGAACAAUGAGAUCUUCGCGAAGGAGGGAGAGGAGGUAAGGGGUGCGUUAGCGCGGGGAGAACCGCAUUCCAGAGUGGGCGGCAUUCUGGAAUGCGAUCCACCCGGUAACAGGAAUUCACCGAGCAAGCAACAAGCCUGCAGCGCCGUAGUUGCCGCUGCCGGCACUGUCUCCAACGAAGCCGAGGACUAUAAAGAUGAGGAAGAGUCUGAACAGGAACUUGAUGAAAGGGAUGGAAGUGAAGGGGAAGGAGGAGGGAUAAUAUACAGAUAUGCCAUACGGACUGCUACCAGUGUUAUGUCUUUUAUCGAAAUGUGCCAGAUACGAUUGCAAUAUCUUUUCCCACAAUUGACACCACCCCCACGAUACAGACUCUGUGAGAACUCGAUUGAAUAUACUGCCGAGUGUUUGGCUAACGACGUGAUACGCUAUCUCUUGAAGGAAGACAUUUAUCGUAUAUCAAGAGAUCCGAUAUCUCGCAGCAUGCGGCAUAACGUAUACCGGAUGCUGAACAAGCACAAUAUACUAUUCACAAGUAUGGUCAACCGUUUAAACGUUAGCCCUGAUACCGCAUAUGAAACUUUUCGUAUAGUCGCUGACGAAUUGUUCAUUCGUGGUGUUACGUGGGCGAAAAUUGUUUGUUUGUACACUUUUACGGGAAGACUUGCAUUAUGGGCCAGAGAUAGGAGAAUGACAACACUAAAACAAAAAUUACCUAUAUACAUCUCAAGAUAUAUCGCUGACGAAAUUGCUAUUUUUAUCAAGGAAUAUGGAUGGGAACAACUUUGCGAAGAAUAUCCAGUUGCCGAAGAAACUAGCGAUGCAAUUUGGAGAAGUCUUGUAAUGACUGGUGCAGCCCUAAGCUUGGUGACCGCCAUAUUAACCGCAACAUCCUGAUACAACGUCGCAAAUUGUUGCUUAACCCAUGGUACUUUCCGAUUGAAACCCUUAUGCGUACUUAUUUUUUACGAGAACGCGAUCAAAAGGAUAUUCGAACGUGUUCUUCUUUCCCGCGCUUAGGACGCAACCCAACGAAACAAGUGUUUACUACACUACUACUACUAUACUACUAUUCACACACAGAAAAGUCACAGAUACACUAAUUGAAAAGCACAAGUUCGUUGGAACGUUUAGUUUAAACGUAAACGAAUCUUGAUGCAAUAAAACUUUCAUAUCACUUCCAA